CUCUAUCACACUUACCUACUGAGGCUAGGUGUGAUAAAGACCAAACUACGUAUUCACGUGCAGCGAGUGUUUGAUUCUAUAGCGAAGUUGAAACUGCGUAUGUAGUUUAUAAACAACAUUCAGUAAAAAAAACAAAAGUGAGACGGAAGUGUUCAAUAGUGUUUUCGUGAGUACGAAGUGAGCAUUGUCGGAGUGUUCAAAAGAGUGUUAAAGUUUUAAGUGAAGCUAUGAGUACAACGAAUUGAAAAUGCCUAAGGAAAGAGUUGACCAACGAAUCUGGAUUAUUGGAAACACAUUUUUAACGGUCUUCUUCAUUACAAUGUUGGUACCACCGAGCACUGGUCAGGCCAAAAAAUAUAAUGCUACAAUUCACGAUUACACUGUUGACAACGAAAUGUACGAUAAUUGUACGAACAAAAAUUUUACACAAUAUUGCCAAAAAACUGGGGAUUGCGAGACCGGUACGCACGUCAUGUGUAUGUACUACAAAACGGGGAUGGUAAUGGGCCCUCAAUGUGAAAACGGAAAAAUGUUCAGAUUGAAUCAAGAAAUAAGAAAUUUUAUAAUAGAAGAACUAGCAAAGAUAAGAGAUGAUGUUAUUGAGGGUACAGCUCGAGGUAGAGAAGAUGUUGAACUUCCUAGGGCAUACGACUUAAGGAGAAGAUUGCAGUGGGACUUCGAGUUAGCCUUUUUUGCACAGAUUUGGGCGAACCAGUGCCAACAUGCUCUUGAUUUCUGCAGAUCCACUUUGACAUUUGACAACCCGGAACAGUUCGUCGGGAUUGACACAUUCACGCAUCCAGAGUGGAGGUCUAUUUCAAGAAAUGAAAGAGUAAGAGAUAUGGAGAACUAUUGUUUGACGACAUCAAAAGUGAAAGAUGCCAUUAAAGCAAUAAUUGCAUUAUUGGAAGAAAGGGGUAGGGUACAGACCACAGCAGAUAUGAUUGAGGUUUAUAGGGGCGGGCCAAGAAAUACCUAUUUGAAUAUGCUGUAUCAUAAUACAACUCACAUAGGCUGCGGAAUGUCUCAUUAUUUGGGAUACCAACGGUUGGAUGAGCCCCGGAAACACGAUGUAUUCGUCCUACAACUGGUCUGCAAUCUGUCACACAGACCUAUUGUCGGCGAAAUGAUCUACAAUACAACUAGACCGCAGGACUUUGUGGAGCCUACGACCCCGACACCAACAGAACCAACGGUCCCAACGCCUUCUGACCCAGCAAUCAUUUCCCCACCCACUACUGACGCAAACUCAAACUCUAAAUCUGGAAAUAUCCCUGGAAUGAGAAAGCUGGUGCCUGGUGGCCGUGGUCCUGGCGUCUUGAUUAUGCCUAUUAUAACCGUGGAAGAUGCUCCACCUGAGCUCAUCCAACAACGAAAUUUUGCAUUGCGAAGGAGCUCAGGAAGCGUCUCUCAAUCGAAUUAUAAUAAAUUUGGUAAUAAUAACCAACAAACUAAGAUAGCACCAUAUUCAAGAAAAAAUAGUGUUUUCGCAAGAGCACCUAUAUUUAACCUUUCUCCUCGAAACCAAGAUGACACAAGUAAAGCAAACCUCGAAGAAAAAACUUCAUUAAAAAAACAAUUAAAAACACUUCUUGACCAAGUACCAAGAAGAGAAAUCCCACGUUUAAGAGAAUUAUUGAAACAAAUGGUAAAGAAACACAAAUCAGAAGAAAAUCAUACACCGAGACUUGGACCGGUAGAAAUUGAAUCUCAUACACAAGAACUUGUUCCAGAACAGUUCAAUCAUGUUCCACCCAAUGAUGCAGCUGAUGGAGAAUUAUUACGACUUACGAACAGUAAAUUCAAAGAAAUCACUCAUGGUUCACGCUUAAUUGGUAGUGAUACAGCUAACAUGCCUAGUGAUACUGAUAUUGUUGUUAUUCAGGAUGCCACAGUAGGCUUUGAUACGCAAUCCGAAUUUGAAAUCCCAAUAAUUCGAAAACAAAAACCAAUAGUGCAUGCGAAAAAAAAAGAAAAACCUAAAAAAAAGGGACAUAGACAAAGCGUUAGUCAGGGGCUACAGUAUAGCACAAAAGCAAGGAAGUAAUAAUUUGGCCAAUAAUGAUCUUGCGAUUAUUGGUCAUAUGAAAGCCAAGCCCAGCCAAGACGAGCCAGAUUUUCGAAAUGACGCUGAAAGACAACAUAUUAGUUAUACUGAAGGAAAUAAAAUGAAUGAUCAUAAAGGAAUUGCCUCUGAUGACACUAAAUUAAAGCGAAGAUUGUAUUUAGAAAAUGAAAUCAGUAAAUUAAAAAGGAAAUUACAAAAUUUACGUCAGUAUAUACAUAAAAAUGAUGUCGAUGAAAACGCCAGGAUCCGUCCCGUGGUAACUUCGCAGAGCGGUCAACGAAAUACCAAGAACGAUGAGAGGAAAAAUUUCUACAUGCCGGAUAGAGCACAUCCUCUGCAUGAAUAUUAAUUUAAAGCUAA